CGGGGCAUGGGGGUCACACAGGCAAUAAUGUCCGGCAGGGGUGGAGGGGAACCGGACGACCCACUGGCCAGCGGCGCCACCAGCGCCCUCAUGAGCUCCGCCGCCGCCGCCGCCGCCGCCGCCCGGCCCGCGUCCGCCGCCGUCGGCAGCGGCGCCGCGCUCAGCAGCAGCAGCCGGCAGCUGGCGGGCGGCGGCGGCAGCACGGGCGGCGUGAGGGGCUGGCACGCGGUGCAGAUGCACGUGGGAGGCACGGUGACGCACAUUGCUCCCGAGGCGUUCAAGAAGGGCGCGCGCAUCGACGCCAGUGUGGACGUGUUCGCGUUCGGGAUCAUCAUGGUGCGAGCGAGAGGGGGCGAGGCGCUGGCAGUGGCGGCGGUGCAACUCGAGGGCAUAGGAGCACCCCCUGGCGUGUACUGGAGUGUCCGUUCAUAAUGGAACACCCUCGCAAAGCAGCUGUGUUUGGACGAUGAGGACGCGCGGGAGAAUUAUUGUGAACUGGUUGCUUGUACUACGUCGCUUCAAUUUUUGUACUAGUAUUGGCUUCUGCUGGCCACAUGCGUCACUGAAUUUUAUUUCAAGCAGAGUGAGUACGGUGGCGUACGGCUGGAGUCAAAAGUGCUGCUGGAACCGUGGGCGCCUCAGCCGGUGCAGGUGCAGGUGCUGGUGCAGAUGGCUGCAACUUGAGCCCCGGGCGCCGCACAUGAUGCGUGCUCCAGGCCUUUACUUACGGCUGGCGUGUUUUGGGGAUAUUGAUAAGCUGCUAAUGCUGCUAAUCGGAUCAGACGCCCGAGAUAAGUGUACAGCGAUAGGGGUGUCGGGCCUUGGCUUCUUGCGUACCCAAACGUUUUGGUGUGCUUCAUGUGCGCACGUGUUGCUGCAACGAGAAGGUGUGGCUGGGUGGGUGAGAGGGUGGGUGCCAUGCUGGCGGUGUCGAGGGCUUUGGAGGACACGCACGCUGCCGCCAGGCGCCCGAUUCGGCGGCAGUGCAGAAGAUGCCGCUUCACCGCUGACGGUGCGGUUGUUUCAUAAUCCCCUCAUCUCCUUGCAUUUGCCUGGUACCCGAAACGGGCCGGUAGCUGUGCGGUCGGGAGCGAGCUGCGAUCAGUGGUGAUGUGCUGCUGUGAUGGGUGAAGUGACAGGUGCAUGCGCGGCUCGCGGAUUUGUAGCAUUGGAACGAUGCGCUUGUGUUGCAUGUUUGAGACAUGGUGUGGCGGCAUGCGGUGGUGAUGGCUCGGCCGCAACAGGGGUUGCAUAGAGAGUUAUACAUCACACUUUCUAGCGAGAGCAGUGCAUUGGAAGCACAACAUUACCUGAGUGUUUGAGGACUUAGGGGCCUGACGAAAUGCCACUGGGCAUUGCAGAGUCUCAGAGCUGAUGCCGCCGCUGCGUUUGGCCCAGCAGUACAUUCUUUGCACUUGGGCCUCCGUGGAGUUGUGGGCAGCAGCGAGGUGCCCAAGCGAUGGCUGCACACACCGAUGAAUUCGCCUCGUGGCUUCAUGCACGGGCGUGGCUGCGGGCGCGGGUGCAUGUAUGGGGCGGCAGAGAACUGACCUUGAGAGCGCGAAGACGUGCAAACUGGACAUGUGAUUGGUGUGCGCCGCACCGAUCGACCUGCAUGCCCCCCACACCGCAUGCGGUAUUGCACCUUAUUCGCACUAUUGAUUGGGGCGACGUUCCUGUGCGCCUGGCAAGGGUGCCAUUUCUGGUGCUUGUGUGCUAAAGCACCAGCAGAAACUAGGAUGCUGUAUUGUUGGGAGGUUGGGGGCAGCUUGAGUCCCACCUUGUUGAUUGCAUGACUGCAAAGUCGAGAUGAUCGUUACUAUUGAAUGGUCUUGCCUUGGCCCGUGCUGCACGGCUGUUGGUUCAGUUGGACGGGGCUGCCAUACAUGCAUGACGGCGAAAACGCUCUUAUUAAUCCAGAAAGGUAUGAUGCGGUGUGGACAGGCUGUGAGUGGCAUGCUGAAUUUGUGAGUGACGAGCGCACGCCAGUACGGCUCAUUGUAGAACUGUCGAGAGAUGGGAUCUGUACGGCCCCACGGCUCCAGCGGUGCACUCGAUUGGCAUUGUUGCGAGGUCGGGGCAAGAGAGAAAGAGGGGAGAGAGAGAGCCGGUGCAAACUCUGCUCAGCACGUCCCCAGCAAGGACACAGCAUACCCAUGGACGCGGGGAGAAGCGACGUAAGUCAAGAUUUUGAAGCAGCACUGUAUUUCUUCGCGAUUGAUUGUUGGGUCCAAAGUGAGGCAAAGUAAGUCGCUGUGGCCCUGGCUCAGGGCGAUAGGGGUUGUGUGGCAAGGGAGUUUGGUGGCCGCGAGGAGAUGUUGUGCGUCUUGGAGACCAUAAGGCGGAACACACGACAGCGUGGUUUCUCGUGCGGUUUUACAGGGUACAGGCGCCGCAUUGUUGAGCGCGGCCCAAGGGCCCUACAAAUGUCGUGUCGGUCCCUCAUGCAUACGGUGUGUGUGUGCGUGUGUGUGUGUGUGUGUGUGUAUGUGUACCGUAUGUGUGUGCGCGCGCCCCAGCCAGCCGAGCGAUGUGUUGAGCAGGCAGGUGUACGUGUGUGCAUGUGGAGCCUGGGGGGCCGUUGUGCUUGGCUGGUGGCGGUCACAGGUGACACCUGCCAGGUACCUACCUUGCUUGAGCGUGCACCGCUCCCAUGGUACCCUCCUGCU